AUGGAUAAGAGUUUUUCUGCAUUGCAUAAGAAGAUAGAAGAAGGUGAAUUGUUGGAUGAGGCAUGGCCCAAGGUUAAGUUGUCAAAGGCACGUGAUCAGCACGAGUAUGAUUUUCUGACCAGAAUAGGAAGACGAUUAGACAAGGCUAUUAAGGUAUUGCCAGGGUCUUUUGGAAAGGAGUUUGUUAAUAUUAGGGAGGAAAUUGAAACUCAUGCGGUAACUCUGAGACUAGCUGAUAAUAAAGAUUGGAGUGCAGCACUACAAAUUGUCAGUAGUAAUGAUAAAAUGAUGAAGAAGUAUAAAGAUCGUAUUCCUCUUGCUAAAGGAGACAUUCAUCUUCCUCAUCAGAUUCAGAAAGAGAAGAUCAUAAUAAGAGAUAUGGAAAAAGGAGUAAGAAGUCUUCCUUUCAAAGCAAAUCUGGUUUUGGCUCCACAAAUCAUCAGGGAGCACUUACCUGUUUCAACUGUGGGAGCUUGGAGCAUAUUGCCUCCAACUGCCCCUCUACUAGUUCAAGAUAAGAAACAAGAUAAUCAAAAGCUAGGUGCCAGUAGUAGAGAAGUUGCAAUUAACAGAGGUUUUGGAAUAUUGGCGACACAAGAUAGGACCAUCGCCAGUGGUUAUGGAUUG